AACUCCGACAAAACUGCUCGCGGAUUUUUCGCGUGCACCGAGUGUCACUUUUGUCUCGUCAAAUUCUAGCCGCAGUCACCGCGAGAGUGAAUAUAACGCCAGGAAAAAACAACGUUUUAGUGGUUUUACCAUUGCUGGUAAGCAUAAAAAUAGCUUACGUACAUUGUGCGAUAACCAUACGCAAUUCAAAACUGCGCGUUCGCAAAAACAAGCUAUGCUGAAGAAAAUCGACGGCUAAAUUCUUCUCACUUCGCGUGUUCAACAUUCGACACAUUUGGGAAGAAAAGCCCUUUUGUUGUUGUGCUCUGUCUUCGAAGCGGUAGCCUUGUGUCUUAAAAAAAGGAAUUUUGGAUUUACUACAGGGGAGUAGCCUUCGGAACUGCUUGCAAUUCGAGCUCAUCAAUGGCAUCACCGCUAGAACAUUACGUGAAUCACGUCCGCACUAUGAGCAGUGCCGGAAGCUUUCGUGAAUUGGUGGAAUAUCUGCUGGAAUCAACAGAACUGCUGGCGAAGAACGGGAACAUCUUAGAUAAUGUGUUGGAAACACUAGAUAUUCAGCAGCAUUCGUUGGGAGUGCUGUUCGUGCUGGUGAUCAAAUUCAGCGAACCGAAUAAUCACGACGACGCAGAAAAUGUGCUUCGGGUUGUGAGAGAGUUUAUCACACUAUGCAACGGAGAACAAGUCAGAUUUGCUACGCAACCAUAUUUCGAGCUUUGUCACCAAUUUACUACAGCUUUGGUGAAAAACAAACAAUACACAAUUCAGGGCAUUCAGGUGCUUGCGUUGGCAGUGGAGAAAAUCAGACUAUACGACACUCAGCUUACCCCCGUCCACGCCGAUUUGUGUCAGCUCUGUCUGUGCGCAAAAGUGUUCAGUCCGGCGUUGCGCUUUUUGGACAUGGAUAUCACAGCUAUUGCGACUACCGACGAUAGCCAUCACGAUACCAAGUACUUUCUGCUGUAUUACUACUACGGUGGAAUGUUGUACGCGGCGGUGAAAAAUUACGAACGGGCACUGUACUUCUUCGAGGUAGCGGUUUCAACACCAGCCCUAGCCAUGUCGCACAUAAUGCUGGAAUCAUACAAAAAGUACAUCCUCAUUUCCCUAAUAUUGCACGGGAAAGUCGUUGCUAUCCCGAAAUAUUCCUCCCAGGUCAUCUCGCGGUUUAUGAAACCCUUGAGCCAUGCCUACCAUGACCUCUCCAGUGCAUACAACAGUUCCAACAGCGACGAGGUGCGGCUCAUCGUCAACAAAUACCGGGACUCGUUCAUCCGCGAUACGAAUAUGGGUCUGGUGAAGCAGGUCGUUUCUUCACUAUAUAAAAAGAACAUCCAACGUCUAACAAAAACCUUCCUGACGUUGUCGCUAGCGGACGUGGCCAGCCGGGUGCAGCUGUCUGGACCGGCAGAAGCGGAAAAGUAUAUCCUAAAUAUGAUCAAAUCAGGAGAGAUUUUUGCCUCAAUCAAUCAGAAAGAUGGAAUGGUAGUUUUUAAAGACGAUCCGGAGAAGUACGACAGUCCCGAUAUGUUCAACAAGGUGCAACACGAAAUCAGCCGUGUAAUGGACCUCAAUAAGCAGAUUCUCAAAAUGGAAGAGGAUAUAAUGCUCAAUCCAGUGUACAUUAAAAAAUCGAUGGGCAAUCAGGACGACGAUAUUCUGGGUGGCCAACAUUCGAAGUCUUUUUCAGGUGAUCCUGCCGAAUAAUGCAGCCAGCGGGUGGAAUCAACCCAAUCGACUGACAACACCGCAAGCUAACAGUAGUUAUGUAGCUAAAAGCAAAGACCUACAAAACUGCAACAAUGAGAACGCUAAAGUUAAAGGAUCCCCCGAUCUGCAGUGUGACCUGCAGUGCAGAUCAUAUUUAAAAAAAAAUAGAAAACAGCAAUCACUCAUACAGAUACAAACACUCAUUCACCAGAGAGAGAGAGAUAGAAAAAACAGCUAAAUUUUUUAAUUACAAUACGCGGUAAGUCAUCGUUCAAAGCAAAAUCUUCUGUUGUUGCUGUUGUGAAAUUACUACACUAAGACAAGCUUUUGAAGCCCAGUUGAACAAUAGACCAGUCGGGCACUCACAAAAUAAAGUAAUUGUAGCAUGAAACACUAACACAGUGCACUGCUGUUGGAAUCUGGAUCCCCGGGCAGAAUGAGCUUCAAUGUGAAAAAUAAAAUGUUAAACGAAAGCUUUGUUACGAAAUGAAAACGAAACAAGAAAAAAACCCAUCGUGUGAUUCACUAAAUCUAGUUCUUUCGAGGAUCAAACAGUGGAUGAGGUUCAACUUGAAGAGCGAAAGAACUAGUGAGCCAGUUGUCGAGGGGGCGUUCCAAAUAUAACACUGUAUGAUGUUGAUUUGCUUGAUCUGAGAGUGAAAAGAUAGAACGGUACAACGCAAGGUGUGUGAGCCAAAAAUGGUGUGCGAGUUGUGAGGCGUGAUUGUUUUGUGUUUUGAGAAUCUGAACUAGGAUGCGCGAUCGGUACGAAGGAGAUUUUUUUCUCAAAGAAUUCUCUCAAUAAAAUCAUGGAAAAUAU